GGUCCAAACACAGAUCUGCAAAGGCUCACGGGAUUGUUUUGGUGGAAGGGGGACCUCCUGCCAAGGAGCCCCGCAGCUCCUCGCUGGACCUCGCCAUGGAUGACUCGGGGAUAAUAAGACGCAGGAGGCUGCAGGACUUGCCGUUGCCUCGCAAAAACAGCAGUUGUCGCACGAGCAACAGGAAAAGUCUGAUCCUGACGACCACAUCUCCCACGCUGCCUCGCCCUCACUCCCCCCUGCCCCUCCCUGGAUACCUUGGAAGCAGCCCCCUGGACAGCCCCCGAAACUUCUCCCCAAGCAACCCUGCACACUUCUCCUUCGCCUCCUCCAGAAGGGCGGAUGGGAGGCGGUGGUCCUUAGCAUCUCUGCCCUCUUCUGGAUAUGGCACCAACACUCCCAGCUCAACGUCCUCCAGCUCUUCUCAGGAGCGGCUGCACCAGCUGCCCUCCCAGCCCACCAUGGACGAGCUCCACUUCCUGUCCAAGCACUUCGGCAGCACCGAGAGCAUCACAGACGACGAUGGGGGCCGCUGCUCCCCCCACAUGCGCCCGCGCUCCCGCAGCCUCAGCCCGGGGCGCUCCUCAGCCUGCUACGAUAAUGAGAUAGUGAUGAUGAACCAUGUGUACAAAGAGCGCUUUCCAAAGGCCACAGCGCAGAUGGAGGAGAGGCUGUCUGAGUUCAUCCAGGCUUUCUCUCCAGAGAACGUUCUCCCGCUGGCCGACGGGGUCCUCAGCUUCAUCCACCACCAGAUCGCUGAGCUGUCCAGAGACUGCCUGGCCAAAUCCCGUGAGGGUCUCAUCACCUCCGUCUACUUCUUUGAACUGCAGGAGAAUCUGGAUAAGUUGCUUCAUGAUGCGUUUGAUCGCUCUGAGAGCUCUGAGGUAGCCUUCGUCACGGAGCUGGUGAAAAAGCUUCUCAUCAUCAUCUCCAGACCGGCACGGCUUCUGGAGUGUCUGGAGUUUAACCCCCAGGAGUUCUACCACCUUCUGGAGGCAGCGGAGGACCACGCUAAGGAGGGUCACCUGAUGAAAACCGACAUUCCUCGUUACAUCGUCAGCCAACUGGGGCUCACCAGAGACCCACUAGAAGACAUGGUAAACCUGGAAAGCUACGAUAGCGAGGGACCCGUCACACCUGAGGCCGAUGAUCCGACGGAGGGCAAGAUCCGAGCCAUGAAAGCCCCAGGAGAAGCAGACUUUCAGACCAUCAAGCUGAUCAGUAACGGUGCAUAUGGCGCUGUUUACUUGGUGCGUCAUCUGGAGACACGCCAGCGGUUUGCCAUGAAGAAGAUCAACAAGCAAAACUUGAGCCUGAGGAACCAAAUCCAGCAGGCCUUCGUGGAAAGAGACAUCCUCACCUUCGCAGAAAACCCUUUUGUCGUCUCCAUGUUCUGUUCCUUCGAGACCCGCCGCCACCUCUGCAUGGUCAUGGAGUACGUAGAAGGUGGUGACUGUGCCACUCUGCUGAAGAACAUCGGGGCUCUGCCUGUGGAGAUGGCACGCAUGUACUUCGCAGAGACGGUUCUAGCACUUGAGUACUUGCACAACUAUGGCAUCGUGCACCGAGACCUCAAACCUGACAACCUCCUGAUAACCUCGAUGGGCCACAUCAAGCUGACUGACUUUGGUCUGUCUAAGAUAGGUCUAAUGAGCCUGACCACCAACUUGUAUGAAGGACACAUAGAGAAGGACACGCGCGAGUUUUUGGAUAAACAGCUCGUCAGUCUAGGUGGUGCUUUUGAAGUCAAGCAGCACUCGUUCUUCACAGAGGUGGACUGGAACAGCCUGCUGAGACAGAAAGCAGAGUUCAUUCCUCACCUGGAGUCAGAGGAAGACACCAGUUAUUUUGACACCCGCUCUGAGCGCUACCAUCACGUGCAGUCGUACGAUGAAGACGACACCAACGACGACGAGCCUGUGGAGAUCCAUCGCUUCUCCUCCUGCUCCCCUCGCUUCAGCAAGGUGUACAGCAGCAUGGAGCAUCUGUCCCAGCUGGAGCACAAACCUCACGCUGUGACUCUGAGGGAACACAAAGUACCCAGAGAGGACCGGGUGACCAAGAGAGAAAGCCUGGGAGGAGUCACCCUCAGAGACAAGAGCUGGAGGACCGGCUCUCCUGAGAUGAAGCGCUUGUCCUGCUCCGAGUCGUUCUUCACUGAGUUGGAGUCCAGCCCGCCGUCAGGGGCCCGCAGGCGCUUCUCCGCCCUCAUGGAUACGUACCGCUUCGCCUCCCCACUAGAGCUGGACUCUGAGCUGUCUUUAACAGGAAAGCAGCCCCCUGUGAAGACCAGAGGUGCUUCCCUGGAAGAUUCGAAAAUCUUGUCAAAAGACGGUAACGGCGUCACUGCAGGAGACAAACUUUUGAGACCUGCUGAUGCAUCGCUGCCUCUGCCAAGUCUGGGACCUCCUGACCCCCAGGGGCCCCGCCAAGCUACCACAGAUCUGGUGCUGCGAAGGGUCCGACACCAACAGCUCUCCAUGGAGGGAGAAAAGCAGAUCUCACGACCAGGAACUAAAGUGAUCAAAUCUGCCUCUGCGACGGCGCUGUCUGUCAUCAUUCCAGCAGUGGAGCAACACGCUGCCUCCCCUCUGCCGAGCCCCAUGUCUCCCCACUCCGUCUCGUCCAACCCCUCAUCUCGCGACUCCUCUCCCAGCCGAGACUUCUGCCCCACGGUGAACGUCCUGCACUCUCCCAUCACCAUCCACCGCUCCGGGAAGAAGUACGGCUUCACCCUCCGAGCGAUUCGAGUCUACAUUGGUGACAGUGACGUUUACAGCCUGCAUCACAUGGUCUGGCAUGUGGAGGAUGGAGGCCCCGCCCAGGAGGCUGGACUUAAAGCUGGUGACCUCAUUACUCACGUGAACGGGGAGUCGGUUCAUGGUCUUGUGCACACCGAGGUGGUGGAGCUCAUCCUGAAGAGUGGAAACAAAGUGACAGUCACAACGACCCCCUUUGAGAACACCUCGAUAAAAGUGGGCCCUGCACGCAAGUCCAGCUACAAAUCCAAGAUGGCACGGCGCAGCAAGAGGACAGGGGUCAAAGAGGGACAAGACAGUAAGAAACGCAGCUCCCUGUUCAGGAAAAUCACGAAGCAGUCCAACCUGCUCCACACCAGCCGGAGCCUGUCGUCUCUCAACCGCUCUCUGUCCUCUGGAGACAGCCUCCCAGGGUCCCCCACCCACAGCCUGUCUGCCCGCUCUCCCACGCAGACGUACCGCUCCACACUGGAGUCCUCUUACCUGGGCACCUCCUCCCAGAGCAGCUCCCCGGCAUCGAGCACCCCCAACUCCCCGGCUCAGUCUCACCACAUGAGGCCCAGCUCUCUGCACGGCCUGUCCCCCAAACUUCACCGACAGUACCGCUCCGCACGCUGCAAAUCUGCCGGCAACAUCCCACUCUCCCCUCUCGCCCACACCCCGUCCCCCACCACCUCCUCCCCGCCGCCUUUCACCGGGCACACGGUGGGGAGCUCCAACACCACCCAAACGUUUCCCGCUAAGCUGCACUCCUCGCCUCCCGUCGCUCGCCCUCGGCCCAAGAGCGCCGAGCCGCCCAGGUCCCCCCUGCUGCAGCGGGUGCAGUCCGCGGAGAAGCUAGGGGCGCCGAUCCUCCCGUCCUCCUCUUCGUCGUCGUCAUCGCCGUCUCCGCUGACAGGCGGGGUGUCUUUGCGCAAGCACAGCCUUGAGGUGACCCACGGGGACUACAGGAGGGAGUCCUUCCACUGUGAGCACAGUCUGCAGAGCCUACUCGAGAUCGAAGGGGAGAACGGACCUGCUCCUCCAUCUCCGUCCUCAUCUUCCUCUCCUUCUCCUCCUAUGGGAGCAGAGAUGGGGGGCCUGAGUCAGGCGAGGAGGCUGGGGAGGCAGGAGUCGCCGCUCAGCAGGGACGUGCUCGUAACGAAUAAAGAGAAAGACGUAACGACAGCGCCUGAGCACGCUGGGUCACAGAACGAGAGGAGAGUCCCCUCAGCAGAGUGGAGGAGCAGUGAGGUGGAGAGGAGCAAGACUUCAUCGUCUGCAGUCGCUCUGAAGUCUGCUCCUUCACACAGAGAGACCAGGUCCAGUCCUGGGAAACCUCCAGACGCUUCACGCUCUGAUGCAGCGGUCCUCCAGAGCAAACCCAGCGACAAAACCUCAACCCCAGGUCCAAAGAGCCUGCAGCAGACAGACUGCAGAGCUGCACCCAAAGCUCAGGAAAAGACAGAAGAGAAGGAGAAAGGUGCCGGAGGGGGGGACAAAACCAACUUGCAGUCCAAACAUCGUAAAGGCCCGGAAGUGGGAGAGAAAGGAGGUGCCAGUGGAAGUGAAAAAGCAACUGAAGCAACAAAGACCAAAGGACCUGCACCCACAGCCUCAGUCCAGGUUCAGCCCCCCUCCACAGCCAGACACCGAGCAGAGAGACCCGCAGUCUGCAGCCGUGGCCCCAAGGAGGAGAGGGCUCACCUGGAGGCCCUGGAAGAGAACCCCGUGUCCCCCUCCUCAGUCUCGCCCCCCUCAAACAAGUCGCGCCCCAUGUCCCCCGGGGACAAAGCCAGCUUCGUCACGCAACUCACAAGCGUGGCCAAAACCGUGCUGGGGCCCAUGAAGGGGGGCUCGCAGGAGACGGGCAAGUCGAAAGACACCCCAAAGACAAGCGAGGAGAGGAAGGGGGGCUCAGGGGGGAAAACAGAAGCUACAUCUGGGGGUGUCCGCCGGAUGGGUCAAGGCUCAGCUUCCGGCAGCUCCAGCAGCGCUCACUCUGAGAAAACUCGGAGCUCCAAACAUCAUUCGUGACGAAAGGAGUACGUAAAGAUCGAAGCUGUCCUGAGUAAUGCCUUUUACUGUAGCGUCACACCGACAUAUCAAGACUUCAUAC